CAGCAGAUACCGCUCUCAAUUGCGCGAGUGCAAUCUCCUUGCGCAUUGAUACGACAUCCACAUCACGCACAUACUACUACAAGGGAUUUCGCGCUGACAGAUCAUCGGGAGCAGCGCAGGAGAGGACCAGGUAGGACUCGAGCCUUUCAUACGAACAUCCCAAUCGGUCAGCUGGAGGUUGGUCGCGCAGGAUGGCUCGUGCUGCUGCCAAGCGCCAAAAGGCUGCGAACGCGUCAGCGCUGCAAUCGCUGCGCGUCGGCUUCCUGAUCGUCAAUACCAUUCAUUUGGUCCUCGUCUUCUACGCUUACAGAUCAAAAGCGACAUGGGGAUCCGUCAUCAAGUACGCGAGCACAGAAGCGGUGGCUAUCGCGCUUUGGAUCACUCUGGAAAAGAUGGCGCGCGAUGGGGACGACUUGAAGCAGACGGGGUUGACUGCCUAUUUGUUCGACAUAAUCUACGUAACAUGGUUUGUACACGUCGGCACAGCCUUGUUCGGAAGCUGGGUGUGGUGGAUCUGGGCAGUGAUCCCGCUGUACGCAUCGUAUAUCGCAUACAGCAAGCUUGUGGUACCCUUUGUACUUGGCGGCAGGGAUCCGCUCCGCGGUUUGUUCUCAGCCUUCGCUGGAAGCUCGGGCGGGACAGCGCCUGCUGAUCAGGCUGCGACUGAAAAUAACGCUGCUGGACAGAGCAAGCGUCAGGCAAAAUUGCAAAAAAGAGCAGAGAAGGGAGACCCGAGGGUUCAGAUGCAGCAGAGAGAAGCUGGAAAUGCGAGCGGCACAAGGAAACGGUGAGGCGCCAGUGUUGUACUGUCACCUACAGGCGAUGAUCAAGCACUUGAAAGCUCCGCGGAAGGUUUCGCGACGCUCUUUGUCACUCAUAACAUGCGAUGAUCUGCUUCAAAAACAUGCGGCCUCAGCGGCUCGACUUCGCAAG